UUUUAUAAUAAAAUGACAGCAGUCAUUUUCUCUCUUCUUUCUUCUUUUCAUUUUUUUUUUACUAUACCAAUUUUACCAUUAUUCUUCUAGGGUGGGGUGGUCCGUUCCUUUGGGGGUUUAUGAAGUCUCUAUGCAGUCACUGUCUCUGUACCUUUCCAUCAUCGGCUCUGUCACGGCGUCGGCGCGUAGCUGUUGAAUAAUUGACUCCGAUACGUUUUGCAGCUUUGGUGACUAAUUAGGGAAAUUUGAGCAUCUGAACUACUAUCAUCUGACAAAAGAAAACCAUUUCAAUUACAGAGAUUAGAUCAACGUAAUAGAAGAUGGGCUGCAAUUUUGUUGAUCUCCCCAUGAAGCUUCUCAUGCCUCCUUCCGUUGACAAUGUCAAAGAAAUUUCAUUUAAAACCAUUCCUUCGGUAACAAAGGUUGAGAUCAAACACUUCCUAGAAUCAAUGUAUGGCUUUGAAGUUGAAAAGGUGCGGACACUAAAUAUGCAAGGAAAAAGGAAGAGGAGAGGGAGUCGCGUGGUUGCGAGACCAAACUACAAGAAGGCCUAUGUAACUUUGAAGAAACCCUUAACCGAUUUUUACCAUACUCUUGCAGCCGGGAGGGAAAGGAAAAACACAAGUCAGUCGCCAAAAUCGACUACCUGGCAGGAAAAUGAUAUGAAAUAUCAUUUGCAUGAGAGCGAGGAAGCCAGGUUUAAGCUUGAGAAGCAACUUAGUCAGAGAAGGAGCAGAGACCUUUUAUCCAUCGGAACCCUGGGUUCGCCAAACUCAUUUCAGUAGGAUCUCUUCUUCUAGCUAGUGAACUUCUGCACUUGGCUUUUUUAAGAGGAAUAUUUUUUAUUUUUAUACGUGGGUUGAAUUUUAUUAUUGUUGUACUUUUAUUUUAAAUAAAAAUUUUGGGCAAUUCAAUUA